UAAAGGGCUGGGAGCGAGCGCAGAGCAGCCGCCGCCGCGGGCAGCGGGAGCAGCAGCGGCCGGGGGCCGGCGGGCAGCGGGGCCGCCUACCUCUCGCCGCCGCCCCGGGUCGGUUACCCGCUUCGGUGGGUCGCCCGCCCGGUUGCCCACCCGCUUUGCCCCGGCCAUGGGCAGCCCUUAAGCCCCGCAGCCACCAGCACCCAGCGCCGCCCGAUCCAAAAUGACUGUCAAAGCUGGAAGGAUGCCGUGCGGCGCUCCCAACAUUUAUACUAAAGUGCCUGAUGGAGGAUGGGGUUGGACAGUUGCUUUUGCUUUCUUCUUUGUGGAAGCUCUAACCUAUGGCAUCUUAAAAUCGUUUGGGGUCUUCUUCAACGACCUUAUGGAAAGCUUUGAUGAAACCAACAGCAGGAUCUCCUGGAUAAUAUCCAUAUGUGUGUUCGUGCAGACCUUCACAGCUCCUCUGUCAACAGUUCUCAGCAAUCGCUUUGGUCACCGCUUGGUGGUGAUGGCUGGCGGGGUGCUGAUCAGCACCGGCAUGGUCAUCGCCUCCUUUGCCCGCACUGUUGUGGACAUGUACGUCACCAUCGGCCUCAUCUCUGGCCUUGGGUACUGCCUCUCUUUCCUCCCGACUGUCACCAUCCUAUCACAGUACUUUGACAAAAGACGUUCGCUGGUCACAGCAGUGGCAUCUACAGGGGAAUGUUUUGCUGUCUUCUCCUUUGCACCAGUAAUUACUGCUUUGAAGGAGAAGAUUGGCUGGAGGUACAGCCUCCUUUCUGUUGGGAUGUUACAGCUGAGCAUUGUCAUCUGUGGCUCGCUCCUGCGACCCAUCAUCAUCAGAGAGCAAGAGGAGGAAGCAGCGAAAGCUCAGCCUCGGGAAGAGCCCACAGAGACAAAGUACAUGCUUGAAAAUGAACAAACACGCACCUCAAUAGAGUCCAUAGACUCAGGAGUAGAAAUAACUACCUCACCCAGCAAUGUGCCUGGAAAAACCAAAGCAGAGCCGAAAAGUGAAGAACCAAAGGAACACGUACAGAUGUUUGUUGAAACUGACAGCACCCCUCCAGAACCAAAAACCAAACUCCUGGACUUCUCUGUGAUGAAAGACUGUAGUUUUAUCUGUUAUGCAUUCUUUGGCCUCUUUGCUACCCUGGGCUUCUUUGCUCCUUCCCUUUACAUCAUUCCCUUGAGCCUCAGCCUCGGCAUCAGCAAAGACCACUCUGCCUACAUCUUGUCAGCCAUGGCGAUCGCGGAAGUCUUCGGGAGGGUCUCGGCCGGUUGGGUGCUCAACAAGAAGCCCAUCCGUAAGAUCUACAUCGAGCUCAUCUGCGUCGUUCUGCUGUCUGUAGCGUUGUUUGCCUUCCCUUUUGCCUCUGAGUUCUGGGGCUUGAUGACAUGUAGCGUAUUUUUUGGGUUCAUGCUGGGAACGGUAGCAGGCACACACAUCCCCCUCCUGGCAGAAGAUGAUGUGGUUGGCAUUGAGAAGAUGUCUUCGGCAGCUGGGGUCUAUGUCUUCAUUCAAAGCUUGGCUGGCUUGGCAGGACCACCCCUUGCAGGUGUCUUAGUGGAUACAACACAGAAGUACAGCUCAGCCUUCUACUCCUGUGCUGCUGGCACAGUCCUGGGUGCUGUGUUCCUGUCCCUGGUGAGACCCUGCAAGGUUGGGCUGUGCCAGCAGCGGCAGCAGGGCACAGAGGAGAGCACGGCAGCGGCUGUGGCGGUACCAGACCUGCCAGAUGACUUUAUUGAAAUGGAUAUUGGGAAAGCUGAAAAUUCAGGAAAAGCCUCUGAGAGUGCCCCAUAAAAAGCCUGCUGCUCCUCCUCCACCUACCACAGUCGGCAUAAGGCUGCAGGAAACGUCAGCUCUGCUCCACGUUUUAAAACCGACAUUCUGAAGGGAAUGUGGAAUUUUAAAUGUGAACAGCUGCCAGCAACAUCUACUUUUCUUUUGUUUUAAUUAUUAUUACUAGAAAGAACUUUCUUAUUUCUGUUUUUAAACCAACAAUGGAAAGCUCCAUAGAAAAUACAGAUAGCCACACAAGAAUAACAUCUGCCUAGCAUGAAGAUGUGAUGCACACUCCUGCUAUCCUGAUAACAACCAUAGGUAAAGGUUCAACUGAUCCCAGAAGAACUGACAACACCCAACAGCAGAAGCAGCUCAGCCUCUGACUGUCCUCACCCAUCCCCUACCACAAAUUCCACGCAGCCAAUAAACUGAUGAUACCAAGUGGAGAUGAGCAUUUCCUACACCACCAGUAGUCAACUGAAUCUUCUUCAGGAAGGACGUGGACUCGUGUUUUAGGUUUGAGGAGGGGGGUUAGGCUAGGUAGCUGACUUAAACCAUUGCUAAUUUUCUUCUAAUUAACUUGAAUGUCACAAAUGCUGGGAAAUUGGAGGCUCUGUGUGUCUUUAUGGCCAGUUAUUACUGCACAUAUACCAUAAAGAUCAUUUUUCUUCUCCUGAUUUGGUAUGCAUAGAACUGUUCUCUCUUGAUCUGAUGUACUGUUUCUAAUUUAACUAGUAUUUAUUAAUUUAUUCUUAAGCUUGGUAAAGGAGGUUAGCUUAAAAGAACUGGAGAGGAAAAAUCAUCUUUUUGCAUAACAAAGCUGACUUUUUAACAUCAAUCUCUCUACCACCUCUCUUGUAUUGCUAGCUUGUGAAAUUGUUGGGAAACUUAACUCUUACAGCAUAGAGUGUAGCUGUUUUAAAUAAGUAGGUCUUAGGUAACCCAGUUUUAUUUAAAAAGGGGGGGG